AUGGGGGGACCGCACAACAAGAAGCAAGUGGAAUAUCCGGGUAGGUUCGAAAGAUGUCGUAGAAAGGAUUUUCGUGGCUUCAAACUGUGGGUACUUGAGAGACUCAACUUUCAAUUUCAGUCACCAAAGCAACCUAAGAAUAGAAUUCGCAUCGAAAAUAAUUUGGAAAAUUCGGGUUUAUCAAAUGAAAAGGGACCAGUUUCUGAUUCAUCCUCGAUUCUCCAUGCUCCUGAUGGUAUGGUCACUUCCAUGGAGUAUCCUUCUUUGCUGCAGACAGGUUUGUCUGCUACUCCCAUGGAUGUUAGCGGGAAACCCUCACUUUGCAUUUCUGUCAUAGGAGCCACCGGUGAGCUGGCAAAGAGUAAGAUUUUCCCUGCUUUAUUUGCCCUCUACUACAGUGGCUUUCUUCCUGAGGUACAACAUCUUUUAUUGCCUCCUUUACAAAUUGUAUAUCCUUUGGUAUCUGAUUGUGUUACAGCUUAUUGUCUACCUCAGGGAGGAUCCAAAACCAACAGGAUAUUCUACCUUUCUGUGCCACAAGAAGCAGUUUUAGAUGUUACGGCUUGUCUUUCUAGCAGUGCUCAGACUCAAAAGGGAUGGAAUCGCAUAAUAUUUGAGAAGCCAUUUGGCUUUGAUGCACUUUCUUCCUAUAGGAUGACACAAUAUCUUCUUUCAAACUUUGAGGAAAAGCAAAUAUAUAGGAUUGAUCAUCUUCUAGGAAGGAAUCUCAUUGAAAAUCUCACAGUUUUAAGGUUUUCAAAUCUAGUUUUUGAGCCACUUUGGAGUCGUACUUACAUAGACAAUGUACAGGUCAUUUUAUCAGAGGACCUGACCAAGCAUCUAGGAAGAUAUUUCAGUGGCUAUGGGAUUAUCCGUGAUAUUGUUCAUAGUCACAUUCUCCAGACAAUUGCAUUGCUUGCAAUGGAACCACCAGUAAGCCUUGAUGGAGAAGAUAUUCGAAAUGAAAAGGUUAAGGUUUUGAGGUCAAUUCGAAAAUUGGAGCCUAAGGAUGUCAUUCUUGGGCAAUAUAGAGCAAGUGGUGGAGCCAAAGUUGAUACAUGCUUAAAUGGUCUGACACCUACUUAUUUUGCUGCUGCACUAUACAUUGACAAUGCACGAUGGGAUGGUGUGCCAUUUUUUAUUAAAACAGGCUUGGGACUCAUCAAACACCAAAUGGAGAUACGGAUACAAUUUCGAAAUGUUCCAGGUAAUGUGUACCGUGAGUGCAUGGGGCAUAACAUGGACCGUGCUGUGAAUGAGCUCAUUCUCCGUGAUGUUCCUGAUGAAGCUAUUUUGGUGAGAGUUAACAACAAGGUUCCAGGACUAGGCUUGCAACUGGACUCUUCAGAACUAAAUUUGCUUUACAAGGACAAGUACAACAUGGAGGUUCCAGAUUCGUAUGAGCAACUUCUUCUUGAUGUCAUUGAUGGGGACAACCAUUUGUUCAUGAGAAGUGAUGAACUGGAAGCAGCAUGGAACAUUCUAACUCCAAUUCUGAAUGAGAUAGACAAAGAAAACAUAUCGGUGGAGCUUUAUGAGAUGGGGGGUCGAGGUCCUGUUGGGGCAUACUACCUUUGGGCAAAACAUGGGGUCCGUUGGGUAGAGGAUUAA